GGAGGCAGUGAGGUGUCGGAGCGGCUCCUCCCCGGGCACUGAGGCGGUGCAGGAGGAGGAGGGGACGGGGCUGUACAUGCUGCAGAGAGCGGGCGGUGUGACGGGCAGCUGCCGGGCUGGACCCAUGUGCUGCGGGCUACACUACAGCAUCUCUCCGGGGUCGGUGUGUGCCUGUGCCCGCUGAGGAGACGGAGAAGGCGGCUCCGGAACCGCAGACAAGAGCGGUAAGAUCUUUCAUGAAUUCAUGCUGAAUGAGAAUUACACCUCCUGUAACAGAUCUGCAUAGGGUUUCAAAUAAACAUGGUGAUGGAUGCCAGUCUCUGGAUCAGAGGAAGAGUUUGGAAGGUGAAGAUGUUGUGAUCUGAUGAGACAGAAAUGAUAUUGGACACUGUCAGAGCAAAACAGAACUGACAUGAUCCUGAAUUACAGCCGAAUCCGGUGACUCCAGGCUCUGUGAAGCAUGACAGAUCAGCUGAUGCAGCAGAGACUCCAGUGAUACCAAUGAAGCCUCGGUGUGAACAGGACCUCUGCCGCUGACCAUGGCCCCGAUCUUACAGAGAAUAGCUGGGAGCUGGGCGCUCAGCAGUGAACAAGUGCUCCUCAUCUCAUAUGGUGGGGUGGCCGUUGUAUCUACCUUACUGGUCAUCACUGUCCUCAUCUUCCUCUGCUCCAGCUGUGACAGAGGGAAGAAGAAGAAUCAUCAUCAUCAAAAUGGUGACCAUGAAAACCUCAUGAAUGCACCUUCUGACAAGGAGACGCACAGUCACUCUGUGACCAGCCUGGGAACCGAGGCACCAGCCAGCAGUUACCGCAAUGGAGCUGUCAGCACUGGGGAUGUCUCCGAAGACAGUGCUGCCACCUGUGUUCCCACGUAUGAAGACGUGCAGAGCUCUCUUCCUGACCUGUGUGAUCCUCAGGACUUCACUGGAAAGUCGAUGAGGUGCCCCCAGACCCGGGAGUUGCCUCAGAUCCCUCCAGAUAAUAGUUUAGAAUCUGCAAGUCUGGAAGACGACGUUCCUCUGUAUAAUGAAGGGCCAUAUGAGGUACUGAAAGACAGUUCUUCCCAUGACAACAUCAUCGAGGACUCUCUUUAUGAGACUGUAAAAGAACUAAAGGAUAUAAGCUCGUCGGCCAGCGCAGAAGAAAAGAGUCUGACCAUGAACAUGCAGCAUCUAGCGAAUGCAGAGUGUAAGAUGGAGGCGGUUGUUGAAUACGCCUCUGUGGACCAUAAUAGAAAGAGCAGGCAAAGUAUCAACACUCACAGUGCAGCAAGUACCCCGACUUAUCAAGAUGAUGACAUUCCCCCACCUCUUCCUAAAAAACUAUUGGAUGAGAAUGAGAAUGUCCAGGGUAAAGAAACAGAGGAGAAAAACCAGGAGCCAGAGGGAGGAGCAAGCACAGAUGACAAGAGGCAGAGUUGCAUAUCCUACAAAUCUCGGGAAGAAGACCCCUGCCUGACUGAGGAUGAUAUUUCUGCCAUGUAUUCAAGAGUGUCUAGAACUGGACAAUCUCUGAGGCUUCAGGAGGACCUCUCCCAUUAUUCCUACAUCCAAGAUGUGGAGGUCUCGCCAACGACCUGUAAUGGUACAUAUGCAACAGUCAGGGACCUUGAUAAAAGCCCCAACCUCAUUGGCUUACCACCCGCAAUGGACAUAGUAAACGGUGGACCUGACCCUGAGUACGAAGCCAUUGCUACAUUAACCCAUGAAGAAGACAGGACUUUGACUUACUCCCAAUCUUGUCAGGGGGUUCUCCAACAUGCUGAAAGCGACUAUGAAAGUAUUGGGGACCUGCAACAAAAUGGAGACUACACUAGACUUUGAAAAAUGCUGAAAAAAAUUAAUGUCUGGGUUUUUGGGGCUAAUCUAGCACAAUCCUUUAAAUGGGUGAUUCUCAUAUAUCCUACAUAGCUGUGGAAUGACUUCAGAAAAAAAGCACACGUUUGCAUACAAAGACAAAGUCUCCCUGCUGCAUGAAGACGUUUGCAUAUUUUUAUUUUUUUCUUAUAUUUUUUUAAUGUGCCAUUUAUUUUAUUUUUUUAAUUUUGGGAAAUUUGCCAAAAAAAAAGACAGAAACUGGAUGACCCUGGACUUAACAAGUUUAUACGGUACUGACGCGUCCUUUUAUAUCCUGUGUACUGGUACUAUAGAAGAACAAAGAGACAACUUCACAAUCUGCAUUUGUACUUGUGUAUAUUUUCCUUAACCUGACAUUUUGUAUUGUUGAGCAGAUGUUUAAAGCCUGGAUAUUGUAUUAUAUUGUUUACCACAUUCAUAGGUUUUACAUAUGUUUUGUGCCACCUCUAUCCAUAAUCUUUGCUUAAAAUGGGUUUCUGCUUAUUAUGUUAUUGGUGUUAUCAGUGGGGGUCUUACUACUGUGGAGUGAAGCUCUCUGCCUAGAAUGGGGGCCUAAGACCCAACAUAACUGGUUGGGGUCCUCGUAGUUAGAUCUCCACUGAUCCCACUUUUAUAAUAUAUGCAUGACAUACAGAUGUGUACUUCCAUAACAUAUGGUGAAAUGCAAAUGAAAAAAUGUAUACACCUGACCAAUGCCUUGAUUCCAUCUGCUAUCUAUUCAUUUCUUAUAGGCUCCAUUGUUAAAAAAAAAAAUGUAUACUGUAUAUACUCGAAUAUAAGCCGAAUUUCUCCUUUUUCGUGCUGAAAACGCUCCUACGGCUUAUACUCAAGUGAACUCUCCGCCUGUCAAUCCCUUCUCAGUGAUCUGCAACCUGCGGACCUCCAGA